GGCUCCCAGGCUGUGCCGGGGCUGACCCUCCCCGUGUUGCCCAGCAGUGCCGACGCAGCCCUGGAGGAGGCCGUGGUGGAGGUGCUGGACCACCGGCCGCUGGAGCGGGACCGCGGCCCGCCGUGCCGGGUGACGGUGGAGCCGGUGGGCUCCUGUGCCACGCUGGUGACCGAGCGCAUCGCCCAGGGCCCCCCGGGGCUGCUGGACAGAACCACGGCCGCGCUGCUGCACGGCACCAUCCUCCUGGACUGCAUCAACCUGAGCCCGGCCGCCGGCAAGGUGACGCCGCGGGACGUGGCGUGCGUGGCCCUGCUCGAGGACAGGUUCCCCGAGCUGCCGCCCCGCGACAGCGUCUUCGGGGCCCUGCAGGCGGCCAAGUUUGACGUCUCGGGGCUGACGACGGAGCAGAUGCUGCGCAAGGACCUCAAAGUGCUCUCCAGUGACGAACUGGUCCUCGCCAUCAGCGGCAUCUACGUGGACCUGGAAACGUUCCUGCUCCGGCCUGGCUUGCUGCAGGACCUGGAUGGCUUCUGCCAGGCCCGUGGCUACGCGGGGCUGGUGGCCAUGACCGUGUCGUUCAACGAGCGCCACGAGCCCACCCGCAAGCUGGCGGUCUACAGCCGCUGCGAGACCCUCCGUGGCACGCUGUGCCGGGCGCUGGAGGAGGCGACGACGCCGUCCCUGCACUUGCAGCCCCUGCCCAGCCCCUGGCCCUGCGUGGGCGCCUUCGCCCAGGGCAACGCCCUGGCCUCUCGCAAGAAGGUCCUGCCCAUCCUGCGGGCAGCCCUGGGGGGCGUGGGGGCUGCCGGGGGUCCCGAGGAGGAGGUGGUGCCCCCGCCCACCCCCAUGAACAGCCUGGUGGAGGAGUGUCCCCUGGCGCAGGCCGUGCCCCCGCUGUGCCCCCAGGACGUCCUGGAGCGGGUCAGCCGCAUCGCCACGGGGCAGCCCCCCGGCUCCCCCAAAUAACAGCGGGCACCCCGCGGCUCCAGAGGGCUGGACGAGAGGUUGGGGUCCCUGAGCAGGCCCUGGGGGGUGCCCGGGCAUGCGGGGGUUGCAGCCACCUUUGUUAUAGAGCUCAGCUCCUGCUCCUCGGUGUGAGCUGUGCCCCCAGUGGGCCCCCCCGCCCCCACAGUCCCCCAGGGUGGGUUUUUGGGGGCAGCAGUUGCACGCACUUAAUGAGGGCACUGGGGGGGGUUGUUUUUUAACGAGUUCUUGGUGUUCUUCCCUCCCCUGGAGGGCUGCAGGGGGGGCCCUGGAUGCCCUGGACACGCAGCCAGCCCAGGAAUGUCACCCACGUUUUCCAAGGAUUAAACUUCCCUUUUCUUCCA